UUGAGAACCUCUUCUCCCUCUCCAGCCUCCGCUCCGGUGGUGAGGUCACAGCCUUCGGAGCCCUGCCUCCUCGCGCCCCUCCCCUGCCGUCUGCUUCAGCCCGGGGAAACAGCAGGCGCAGAGGCGGAGAAUGAGGCCACAGUGCGGGAUGGACAAGUAGCCCUGGGGGCUUUGGAAAAUGAGGCCAGAGUUGACGCUGCGGCUAGCACUGCUGCUCACCCUGCCCGGGAGCCUGGUGGGGAAGGAGUGUCCGUCUCCACCCUGCCAAUGCCACCAGGAGGACGACUUCAGAGUCACCUGCAAGGAUAUCCACCUCAUCCCCAGCCUGCCGCCCGGUACAGAGACGCUGAAGCUCAUAGAGACACAUCUGAGAACCAUCCCCAGUCAUGCGUUUUCCAAUCUGCCCAACAUUUCCAGGAUCUACUUGUCUAUAGACGCAACUCUGCAGCGGCUGGAAUCACAUUCCUUCUACAAUUUGAGUAAAAUGACUCACAUAGAAAUUCGGAAUACCAGAAGCUUAACUUACAUAGAUCCUGAUGCCCUGAAAGAGCUCCCCCUCUUAAAGUUUCUUGGCAUAUUCAACACUGGACUUAGGAUAUUCCCUGGCCUGACCAAAGUUUAUUCCACUGACAUAUUCUUCAUACUUGAAAUUACGGACAACCCUUAUAUGACUGCAGUCCCUGUAAAUGCGUUUCGGGGUCUGUGCAAUGAAACUUUGACACUUUACCUAAACAAGAAUAAAUACCUGACAGUUAUUGACAAAGACGCAUUUGGAGGAGUAUACAGUGGACCAACCCUACUGGAUGUGUCUUAUACCAGUAUUACUGCCUUGCCGUCCAAAGGCCUGGAGCAACUGAAGGAACUGAUAGCAAGAAACACUUGGACCCUUAAGAAACUCCCACUUUCCUUGAGUUUCCUUCACCUCAUCCGGGCUGACCUUUCUUAUCCGAGCCACUGCUGUGCUUUUAAGAAUCAGAAGAAAAUCCGAGGAAUCCUUGAGUCCUUAAUGUGUAAUGAAAGUAGUGUCCAGAGCCUACGUCAGAGAAAAUCUGUGAAUGCCUUGAGUGGCCCCACCUAUCAGGAAUAUGAAGAUCUGAGUGACAGCAGUGUUGGGUACAAGCAAAACUCCAAGCUCCAGGAUACCCACAGUAGUUCACAUUAUUAUGUUUUCUUUGAAGAACAAGAGGAUGAAAUCAUUGGCUUUGGCGAGGAGCUCAAAUACCCUCAAGAGGAGACUCUACAGGCCUUUGACAGUCAUUAUGACUACACUGUGUGUGGGGACAAUGAAGAUAUGGUGUGCACCCCCAAGUCAGAUGAGUUCAACCCUUGUGAAGACGUAAUGGGCUACAGGUUCCUGAGAGUUGUGGUAUGGUUUGUUAGCCUGCUGGCUCUCCUGGGAAAUGUCUUUGUCCUGUUUAUCCUCCUCACCAGCCACUAUAAACUGACAGUCCCACGCUUUCUUAUGUGCAAUUUGGCCUUUGCAGAUUUGUGCAUGGGGAUAUACCUGCUCCUCAUUGCCUCUGUGGACCUCUACACUCACUCGGAGUACUAUAACCAUGCCAUUGACUGGCAGACUGGCCCUGGGUGCAACACAGCUGGUUUCUUCACUGUUUUCGCCAGUGAGUUGUCAGUGUACACACUGACAGUCAUCACCCUGGAGCGCUGGUAUGCCAUCACCUUCGCCAUGCGCCUGGACCGGAAGCUCCGGCUCAGGCACGCAUAUGCCAUCAUGGUUGGCGGCUGGGUUUGCUGCUUUCUUCUUGCCCUGCUCCCUUUGGUGGGAAUAAGUAGCUAUGCCAAGGUCAGCAUCUGCCUGCCCAUGGACACAGAGACCCCUCUUGCUCUGGCAUACAUUGUCCUUGUUUUGUUGCUCAACAUUGUUGCCUUCAUCAUUGUCUGCUCCUGUUAUGUGAAGAUCUACAUCACAGUCAGAAAUCCCCAGUACAACCCUGGGGACAAAGACACCAAAAUUGCCAAGAGGAUGGCAGUGCUGAUCUUCACUGAUUUCAUGUGCAUGGCUCCCAUCUCAUUCUAUGCUCUGUCAGCACUAAUGAACAAGCCUCUCAUCACUGUCACGAACUCUAAAAUUUUGUUGGUUCUCUUCUAUCCACUUAACUCCUGUGCCAAUCCAUUCCUCUAUGCUGUUUUCACCAAGACCUUCCAAAGGGAUGUGUUCAUCCUACUCAGCAAGUUUGGAAUCUGUAAACAUCAGGCUCAGAUUUACAAGGGCCAAAGAGUUUGUUCAAAGAAUAGUAUUGGUAUUCAGAUCCAAAGGGUCACCCAGGGCAGAAAGCAGAGUCUCCCCAACAUGCAAGAUGCCUAUGAACUGCUUGAAAACUCCCACCUAACUCCAAAUAAGCAGAGUCAACUAUCAGAAGAGUAUAAGCAAACAGUUUUGUAAAUUUAACCUAUGCUACUCACAAUGGUAGGGGAACUUUCAAAAGGCUGGUUUUAUUGAAUGUGCAUUCCAAUCCCAUGACACAUAAACAUACAGCUGACCCAGUUCUUGUACAGAUGAUGUUUCAUGGGACCAGAGUUCAUCUCCAGAGAGUAACUAGCAUUAAACUAAUCACUGCCUCCAAGAAUGAAGAGAAACUACCAGUAUAUCUGAAUCCCAGGUGAUGGCAAAAUAGUCUGUACUUUCUGCAGGACUUGCGUGAUGCUAAAUCCAGAGAUGACCCUGUGUGACAUGUUCAGCAAAUAUUGACUGAACCAUGUUAACAUUAAUCUUCUCACUUUUUUUUUUACUUUUUGAGAUAGGGUCUCACUAUGUAGCCUAAGCUGGCCUCAAAUUCAGAGCGAUCCUCCUCUCUCAGCCUCCUAAGUACUGGGAUUACGGGCAUGCACCAUCAUGCCCAGUAAUCUCACUUUCAUAUAGAAUUUCAUACUAAAGAUUCAGCAAAUGGUCAAUGCUAUUAAUUUAGUUAGUGACCACAAUAUAAAAUCAGCCCUGCUUUGGCUCAGCUCAACUUCAUAUUCUCUGAAACGGCCUAAGAGAGCUUUAGAGCCUUAAAACUGAAAAGUUUUAAUGAAUAGAUGUCAUGCAAUAGCUAUGGUGAGGCAGGAAGGAGGGGGAAGUUUUAGUUUUAAGUUGUUUUUUUUUGGACUCUUAAAUUACUAAUCAUCUCUUUCCAAGGAUCUACCUAAUGUGACCCAGCUGUUAUGUGUUGCCUGGAGAAACUGGUAAGGUUUCACCUUAUGUGGUCUAGAAAGCUAAGAAUUGCUCUCCUCAUAGCAUAAAAGAUAUGAACUCUAGAAAGUACUUCUAAAUGGCAAAGUGUUUCUAAAUAGGAAUUCAGGGCAGAGCACACUUAAUCACCUGUUGACUUAUAAGCAGGUUGGACACCAGUUAAUUAUAGAACUUGGAACAAACCACUGGGCCUAAGAAGUCUAAAAAGAAAGGAGUUGAAUGCCUUAUUCCACUUAAAAUCUCCCUAUAUAGAGAUAUCUCUUUAACUCAAAACAUAUAUUUCUGUGACAAAGGCAAAGAAAAGCACUAAUUAAGUUGAAUCUUCUUUACCUAUGUUGUAGAGCUGCUUUCUCCCUCUUUUUGAAACCUAGACGUAUGAUCCAGGAAAUUUUUUAUUUCAUUUUUGGAGAUGCUGUCUGAACCAAAAAUUUUGUUGCAUGGAUUGGAUGCAAAUCACUCAUCUACUGCUAGAAUUAUGAGGCUAAAAACAAAUUGUUAUUUAUAUAAUAGGGUAAAAGGUGUUUUGCAAAGUUUGGUUAUUUGGAGUUACUACAAUAUGCAAAAACACUUGAAAAUAUUUGUCUUCAAAGGCUGUUUCUUUGCCAUUUCCAGUCUACAAUCCCACUUGGAAGCUGUCAAGAGACAUAACUUCUCUACUGACACUGCCAACUUUUUCUAGCCCUUUUGCUCACUGGACAUAAAAUCUUUAUUCCCCAUCAGUACUUUUUUACUUAAAGCAGUCAGAAACUUUAUCUAUGGAUGUAUUCUUCAGGUUACUUCCAUGGUAAGCCCCUUAAUUUCUUGCUAGAAGAGUCUCCAAGGAGAGAUGGCAUUUGCUUCUCAUUGCCUGUGAACCACAGCAUGAAACAAAUGGUUUUUGCCACUUGAGGCCUGUGGAAUAGGAUUAGUGGGCUCUCAGAGACGGUCUCCACCUGACUCACCUGGAAUAUGUUCACAACCAUAGCCAUUCCUGAUAACCACUGACACUUGUGCAACCCCAUAGAAAUAGUACAAACACCUGCAAUCUUGACUUUCCUAGCAGUUCAUUUGUUCCUAGUGAAAUUAAACAAAUGUGUUAACUUUUGGCAUGUGUUUCUCUUGUGACAUUUUGAAACAUCCAUAGAUAAUGUAUUUUAUCUUGAGUAGCUAAACUAAUAUUUUGGAAACAGAGUCCAAGAAGAAUGACUUCAGAAUUAUUACUAAAAUUUACAUCCACAACAUGAAAUAAAUUUUCUUCAUAGUAAAUGA